AUGGGGUCCCUCCCCUCGCGGCGCCGUGUCGCCCGGCAACCGAGGACGGGUGUUUACACAUUACUCAAAUCCUUCAUCACAGUCUCCUUGUUUGCGUCCAUACCGACAUCUCGCGCCAUUAAUUUUACCUCCGUGCCGGAUGCCUUGCUCGAUCUGGACAUCUCAGCACUAGGCAGGGUUGGUUUUGCUGGUGACUUCGCAGGAAUAUCACUUUACCAGUUCGAGGGCCAGGACGAGGACCCCUUUAGAACAAAUGGCAGCGAGGGGCUACUGGCUCGACUACCCAAUGGGGUCCUCACCACCGUCGUCCAGGCCGAUGCUUCCAUUCAGUCUAUGUGUUCCUAUGCCCCCGGUGGCGUCGCCCACGGCGUCGUGAUAGCUGGGAAUUUCACCAGCCUCGGCGACCGGGAAUCCACCGGCAUCGCCCUCUUCAACCCGAACACGACCGAGGUCAAGCAGCUACCCGGCAUACAGGGCUCCGUCAACGCUGUCCUAUGCGACGAUGACACGGUCUAUGUCGGCGGUAACUUCAUGGGCAUCGAAAACUCCACAAACGCGGUCUCGUGGAGGGGCACUGAAGCCGGCUUUUCAGCCUUACCCUUUGCUGGCUUUAACGGCCCCGUCUUAUCAAUCACCAAGGCCUCAAACGGUCACAUCAUUUUUGGCGGGAGCUUCACCGGGCUGGGGAAUGCGAGCACGCCUAGUACGCCGGACGAGCAGGUUAUCAACCUCUCCACCGCAGAACUCUCUUCCGGGGGUUCCACCGCGACCCAGGGCUUCAGCGAACCCAGCAACGUCGUCUGCAAGACCAGUGGCGACGAUGGAGCGGGUGACACGUGGCUGCUCGCCGACAACACACCUGGGUUCUGGCAGGCGAACAUGGGCUUCGGCUACCGGCCGACAAAGCUGCGUCUGUACAACACACAUCAAGAUGGCCGCGGCACCAAGACGUGGCGCUUCACCGCCCUGCCCAUCAACGGCAUCAUGAACUUCACCUACAUAGAUCCCGAAUCGAAGCAGAACCUCACCUGCACCAGCGAGUGUCCACUGAGCAGCAAUGCCGGCCUUACCUUUCAGGAGUUCCAUUUCGUGGACGUCAUAGGAAUGAACGGGUUCCGAAUCGACAUCUCGGACUGGUACGGAGGUGGUGGCGGCCUGAACGGCAUCGAGCUGUUUCAAGACGACAUCUUUGCGUUCGCCGUCGGUGACUUCAACGAACCCGCCUGCGCGGCCAUUUCCACCGCGUCUGGCUCUACCCAGACCGGCCCCUGGGCGGUUUCAUCCUCGUUCUCCAACAGCUCCCGGUACCUGGCUGCCCAACUCUCCAGUCCCAUCACCGUGGACUCGGCUUCUGUCGUUUUCCUGCCGGACAUAAGGGAGUCUGGCUACUAUACAGUCAACAUGUACACACCAGGCUGCCUGCAGGACAACACGUGCGACUCUCGUGGACAAGUCCGCCUCAGUGGCACCAUGUCACCCACCAACACCAACGGCACGAUCAGCACCUCCCUUUUUCAAACGAACAACUUCGACAAGUACGACCCCAUCUAUUAUGGAUACGUGGACGCGACCUCGGACUCGUUUCGGCCCGCCGUAACCUUGACCCCGGCCGGGGGUCAGACCCUAUCCCAGCAGACCAUUGUAGCCCAAAGAGUCGGCUUCGUCAUGUAUAACACCACGGGGGGGCUGAAUGGAUUGUUCGAAUACGACCCAGCUGUCACGAGCUUCAAUUCCUCCGACUUCCAGGAAUCGGUAUUCGACAAGCUCGGCAUGAACUUCUCAACAGGGUCCGCCGUCAAUGCUCUGGCAACCUCGGGCACUGUUACUUUCAUUGGGGGUAAUUUCACCUCGUCAGGUUCCAACAACAUUGUUUCCGUUGAUCGUCAGGACUCCUCGGUGCGGCCCCUCGACGGCGGUCUCAACGGGUACGUCGCCUCUAUGCACGCCAAUGGCACCAAACUCUUCGUGGGGGGGUCUUUCAACAAUACGCAGAGCAAUGACGCGACCGGCCUUUCCAACGUCGCUGUCUUCGAUACCUCAACCAAUACUUGGAGUGCCCUGGGCUCUGGUGUCAACGGACCAGUGUCGACGGUGGUACCCCUGACGAUGAACAUCUCUGACGCCACCGUGGAGGUCGUCAGCUUCACCGGGAACUUCAGCCAGCUCAACGCCUUCCAAGGCAAUGAGGCUGUGGGGGCCAACGGCUUCGGGGUCUGGGUACCAACCCGGGGGAAUUGGCUGCCAAACCUGGACGUGCCUGCGGAGUAUCUGGAUGGCAUGCUCACCACCUCCGUUCUCGACGUGAUCGGAAGUAACCCGCUCUAUGCCGGCACGGUCGUAUCGUCGACGCUUGGGGCCGUGGGGGCGGCUGGUCUUAGCGGAUCGGGGCCUGACUUCACACUCGAAGACGUUGGUGCUCGCAUCCAGCCUGGCUCGACACCCUCCAACCCCCCUGCGAUGCCGCGCGACAUCCUCAAUGGUAGCGCGUCUGGGGUUGUAGACGCAGCUUUCUUGAACACAGAUGACCUCAACAUCACUGUUCUCGCAGGGAGGUUCACUCUUGCGGGAAGCAAUGGUUCUACUAUUCACAAUGUGGCCAUCGUGAACAACAGUGACGACAACGCCACCGUUACAGGCUUCGCCUCCGGCGUCUCCCGGGACUCGACUUUUGUUGCGGUCGCCAUCCAAGGUUCCCAACUAUUUGCCGGUGGCAACGUCACCGGUCUCGUCAGUGGGGCCAAUGUCAGUGGCUUGGUAUCGUUUGAUUUGAGCGCCAAUGACUACGGCCCACAACCUCCAGCGCUGGAAGGCGGCAGCGCCACGGUCAGCGCCGUUGCCAUUCGCCCGCACAGCGACGAUGUGUUUGUUGGCGGGUCGUUCACUUCGGCCGGCUCUCUGGGCUGCCCAGCAGUCUGCUCCUUUAGCCCAUCCUCGUCCCAGUGGAGUCGUCCGGGUAACAACUUGAUGGGCGAAACCCGAACCAUGGCAUGGGUAACUGAUAAGAACCUUGUCGCAGGGGGUAACUUCACAGUCAAUGGGUCGACGAGCUUCCUGGUCGCGUACACCUCAGGCGCUCAGUCGUGGGAAAAUUAUCCGGGCGGCACCGACCUUCCUGGACCGGUGGAUUUUGUCGUCUCUGGUUCUGCCAAGGGCGAGCAAGUGUGGGUAACCGGCAAGGCGGCGAAUGGUUCUCUCUUCCUGAUGAAAUACGACGGGGCCAUUUGGAAAUCCGCUGGCCAGCCGUUCGAAGAUGGAACUGACAUCCGAUCACUGCAAAUCUUUUCCCUCACCGACGCGAAAGGUUCCUCGGACCUACUCGACGGUAAAAUGUCCCUGAUGUUGACCGGGCGCAUUAUGAUUCCCGGUUUCGGGAGCGCGAGUGCUGCCUUGUUCAACGGGACUGCGUUGACGCCAUUUGCCCUUACCACCAAGGCAGGGAAUACUGCAGGUACCAUCUCCCGGGUCUUCGUCGAGAAGAAGAACUUCUUCAGUGGCCAGCAAGAUGGCAGCCUACCGAUUUACGCCAUCGUGCUCAUUGGGCUAGCAAUCGCCCUCGGGCUGACUCUUCUGAUCGUUGUUGCCGGUAUGGCCAUGGAGCGACUGAGGAAGAAGCGGGAGGGAUACCAACCAGCACCGACGUCCAUGUUCGACCGCGGCAGCGGCAUGCAAAGAAUCCCUCCCCAUGAACUGCUCGAGUCGCUAGGCAAGGGGCGGCCUGGGGCGCCGCAUGUGUGA